AUGACUACUCCAAGCAAUGCUUCUUCGAAAACGUUAGAUGAUAAUGAAAUUUACAGGACACAAAGUCGCCGGAUAGAGAAUGAGGAGGAUCCCAACCUCCCUUACCGUACUCUCAGUAAAAAUGCAAACAUGGAUGAAUACACUCAUGAAACCGCUACGGGAAAUAUUGUCACACGCAGACUCUCUCAAGCUACUGGCCAUCAAGUUGAAUAUAAGCUGGUGACUUUCGAAAUUGAUGACAAGGAAAAUCCUAAAAAUUGGUCAAAGGCUUACAAGUGGUAUUGUACCAUGGUGAUUGCCAUGGUCUGCUUCAUUGUUGCCCUCGCUUCAUCUAUUGUCACGGCCGAUAUCGGAGGUGUCUCCGAAGAAUUUGGAGUAUCAGAAGAAGUUUCCCUCUUAACCGUCACUUUGUUCGUUGUCGGUUUUGGCGUUGGCCCUAUGGUUUUUGCUCCUAUGAGUGAAGUUUUAGGAAGAAAAAUCAUUUAUGUUACAACUUUAGGAUUUGCCGUCAUUUUCAUCAUCCCUUGCGCUGUCGCCAAGAACAUUGGUACACUUUUGGUCUGUCGAUUCAUUGAUGGUAUUGCCUUUUCCGCACCAAUGACUCUUGUUGGAGGAAGUUUGGCUGAUUUGUGGAGAACCGAAGAACGCGGUGUUCCUAUGGCUGCCUUCAGUGCCGCUCCUUUCAUUGGCCCUGCUAUCGGUCCUCUCAUUGGUGGUUUCAUCGGUGAUAACCUUGGCUGGCGCUGGUUAUACUGGAUGACUCUUAUCCUUGCCGGAGCUAUCUAUAUCAUCUUAGUGACCACUGUCCCCGAAACGUAUGCCCCAACUAUCCUCGCUAAACGUGCUGCCAAGUUGAGAAAGGAAACUGGAGACGAAACAUACGUUACUGAGCAAGAUCUUGAUAAGCGACCUUUUGGUCAGAGAAUGAAGGUCUUCUUGAUCCGCCCAUUCCAGUUGUUGUUUGGUGAACUUAUCGUCCUCUUGAUCUCCCUUUAUAUGUCUGUCCUGUAUGGUCUUCUCUAUAUGUUCUUUGUUGCUUAUCCCAUUGUCUUUCAAGAAGGAAAGCAUUGGUCCGCCUCAGAUACUGGUCUUAUGUUCAUUCCUCUUGCCAUUGGUGUACUUUGCUCAGCUGCUGCCGCACCUUUGGUUAACAAGCAUUAUCUAUGGGUCUCCAAGACCAAGUACAAUGGAAAGCCUCCGGCUGAAGUUCGACUCUACCCUAUGAUGGUGAGCUGCUGGCUCGUCCCCAUCGGUUUGUUCAUCUUCGCCUGGACUUCAUACCCUCAACUUUCUUGGUGGGGUCCUGCCAUUGGUGGUCUUCCCGUGGGUUUUGGCUUCAUCUUCUUGUAUAACUCUGCCAAUAAUUACAUGGUUGACUCCUACCAACAUUUGGCUGCUUCAGCUUUGGCCGCUAAGACCUUUAUCCGUAGUUUCUGGGGUGCCUCUACUGUCCUUUUUACCACCCAAAUGUAUCACCGUAUGGGUUACCAAUGGGCCAGUACGUUCCUUGCAUUCCUCGCACUUCUCUGCUGCGCUAUUCCAUUCCUUUUCUUCAUCUAUGGUGCUCGCAUUAGAGCUUAUUCCAAGUACGCUUUUGCUGAUGACAACUCCAUGUCUGAUGACGAAAAGAGAGCCGGUGCUGAUGCCGCUCACUAA